AUGGUACAACGUUUCUCAAACUCAGCGUUGCUUCUCGGGUUCACGUGGCCAUGGGCUAUCCAGAAACGGGUACCGGCUGUUGUUCCCUUGUACCCAUCCAAGAGGGUGAAGGUCAAUGGCGAGGUGGCGAGUAUCGCGAGACGCCGUCGGACACCGAUCAAUGCAAAUAGAGAGUCCCAGGGGAAAACAUGGUUCUUGAACGAAUGUGGAAUCAGAAUGAAGGCAACACCCAAUUCCUUCCUUAUUGUCUCACACAACGUCGUUGGUCUGGCUACCGGUACCGUUGUUAAGACGCACACUGUUCCUUUUCUCCUGACGCGGAAAGCUUCCAACCAUCCCCAUUCCCGCUGGCCUAUAUUGUAUUAGCAGCGCUGUUGCAAAAAUUAUGGACUGCCAUACAACAACAAUAGAAAACAAGGUCCAUGCAGAUCUCAUUUUGGGAAAAUGAAUGUUUGAAGCCAAGAGGCGCGCUAGCCGUAUUCCUCCCUCCCCCAUCAUCGGCAAAAGAGUAUGACAUUCUUCCAUGCAUUGUUACCAUUACGGCG